GUCGGCCCACCCAUCCUUGCCCCCAUCCAUGUGAGAAUCAGUCAGAGCUGUCUUGCGAUAUUCUUCAGCCUCCGAAGCACAUUAUGGCAACCCAGCAACAUGCUCGACCGAACGAUGGCACAACAGAAAGUUCGUCGAGUGACGAGGCGGGAGGCGUCAACCAAAAUGCUGCAUCUGGUACAGCAAAACCAGCACCGUCAGCGGCAGCAGCAGCAACGUCGAAGAAGCCAAAUAUAUUUCAGCGACUUUGGCAGAAGCUUGACUUGGAUCUGAUUACUGUUAUGACCAUGUUCAAGGCAUCGUUGCCACCGACUAUUGCCAUUGCAUUCUAUCAGAGCCAUGCGGUUGCGGGAGUGUAUGAGACGCUGGGGUACUUGGUAGCCAUUACUUCUGUGCUGGGAAUGUGUAUCAUGCCCCGGGGCAUGUUUGUGCAAACCAUGUUACUCAAUGUUCUUGCAGUAUGCGUAGGAGCAGCAUUCUGCCUCCUUUCAUUGUACUGCGGCAUCAAAGCACGUCAGAAUACUACUCCCGCAGGUUCUCCGCCGACAGGAUACAAUUCGAGUGCUUCAGCAGUGCUCGCAGUAUGGCUGUUCUUCCAGACAUAUAUGGCAAACGUGCUGCGCAGUGCCUUGCCUCAAUUUCAAUUUCCCGUGAUCAUUUACUCCAUUUUCCUCGUCGUGUCGCUGACCUACGGAACACAAUUCCCCACUAUGAGUUAUGCAACUAGCUUUAUGACACGCCUUAUCGAAGCAUUUUUGACCGGAUUCGGGAUCGCAACAGGAGUUUCUUUCCUCAUUUUCCCCCUCUCGUCUAGAAAGGUCAUAUUCAAAGAGCUGUCCGGCUAUCUCAAUGGUCUCGGCGGCUUAUUGAAGCUGCAAACUGCAUAUCUUGCGAGCCUGGAAGACUGGGAACCGGACACGGAUGCGCUGACCCAAGACCCAGAAAAGACGAACGGCCACAAGAAGUCGAAUGGCCAGGCCGGACCACAGCAACUCUUCGUCACUGCACCAGGCAAGAAGUUGAAAGAGACACUGCAGAAGAUAUACGAAUUGCAUACGAAGAUACCCACGGACCUCAACUUUGCGAAAAGGGAGAUUGCAUUCGGGAAACUAUCUCCCAAGGACCUCGGAGAGAUAUGGAAGCGUAUGCGCUUCAUCUUACCCCCCAUCUUUGGCCUCAGUGCGGUGCUCGAUAUCUUGCAGCGCCGAGCUGAAGAGUCCGGCUGGGAGAAUGGAGGACCCGGCGACCUCCACCAGCAGAAGCAACGGAAGCACAUUGACGAUUUGCAUCAGCUUAUGAAGAGCCUGCACGAGCCUGUUGCCUUUAUGAGUGCCAGUUUGAACUCCGCCUUCCAACAUGUGCUCCUCACCCUGGAGCUCGUGGAACCACCAAAGAAAAAGAAGCACAAUGACGAGGAGAGCGCUGGCCUCGAACCAGUUCCAGGCACGCCAGCAUUCGCCGAAGGAUUUCGCAAGCAGCUCGAUCGGUUUGAUGGAUACAAGAAACAAACCCUCGAGGAGUGGUGUCACCAGCACGGCAUUAAUAUCCCGCCGGGCUUUUUUGACUCCACGUUCAUUCGACCCGAGCACCUGGACACUCGCAUCGAGCAGGCUCGAGAAGAGAACCAGAGACAACUCUUCUUUGGUCUCUACAUCCAUCAUCUAUUGUGGAAAACGGGCCAGGCAGCUCUGGAUCUCGUCCUCUAUGCUGAUCAACGUAAACAGGACGGCGCGCUGAACAAGAACCGAUUGAUCGUCCCAGGCGUGAACACGUUCAAGAAAUGGCUUCGAGCGGCUUUUGGACGACAAGAUUACCAUGACGAGGAUCUGCUGACAGCAGAUCUGAGUUCGAGCCAGGCGCUCGAUCUGGGAGAGUCCUUUGGCAAAUCGAAAGAUCCUGAGCAUCUUCCGCCGAGGAACAGAUGGGAACGAAUUGGUGAAGGGAUCAGAUGGAUUCCACAGGCGCUGAGAAGUGACCAUUCCGCGUUUGGAUUUCGUGUCGCUUGUGCCACGUUGAGUUUAGGCAUCGUUUGCUAUCUGGAAGCCUCGCAGAGAUUCUUUCUGCGCCAUCGUCUACUCUGGGCAUUGAUCAUGAUUCCCAUCUCCAUGACGAGGACAGCAGGACAGUCUACCUGGUCCUUUGCCCUCCGAAUACUGGGAACCUUUGUCGCCAUGGUCGCCACGUACAUCAUCUGGUACAUUGUCGACGGUAAGACCGCAGGCGUUAUCUUUUUCCUCUGGCUGUGGAUUUUCCUCGCGUUCUACAUUCUCCUGAAACAGAAGACGCUCCUCGUGGCUGGCAUCAUCUCAAUCGUCACGGCCAUCCUCGUCAUCGGCUACGAACUACAGACAAGAGUAGUCGGCAUUGCAGUCAGCGAGUCCAAUGGGCAGCCCGCCUACCAGACCUACCUCUUGGCCCCGUAUCGACUGGCCACAGUCUGCGCAGGUCUGGCGACAGCCUACUUUUGGACGAUAUUCCCGUACCCCGUAUCAGAGUCCACGGAGCUCCGAAAAGAUGUAGGAGCGGCACUUUACAUGUUGGCCAACCUGUCUUCCAUCGUGCACGAACUGGUCCGCGCCCGAGUGCAAAAAACCGACGGCGACGAAAACAUCAAAAACACGCGCGGCUUCCAUCUGGAAAAAGCCCGCAACAUCGUCUUCACCAAAACUUUGACCCUCCUCACCAACCUCCACCAGAAUUCCGCUUUCAACAAAUUCCAAAUCCGAGUCGGAGGUCGCUUCCCCCACCAAGAAUAUACCAACCUCAUCGAAUCCAUCCAACGCGUCCUCCAAUACACCAGCCUAAUCGCCUACGCCUCUCGCACCUUUUCCUCCUCCUCCUCCGAAAACGACUCCGCCUGGUCGACCGAUUUCCGCAAACUGCUCACCGAAGUCAACGCCACAUCCCACCACAUGACCAGUCUCCUCUCCCUCCUCAGUUCGAGUCUGACAGGCGGGCGGGCUUUACCUCCUUACUUGGAUUUGCCGCAGCAUUAUCACGGCAUGGUAUUUGUGCAGCGCUUGCAGGCGAUUGAUGGAGAUAUUUUGAGUGUGAGACAUAUUGCGGAACCGGAAUAUGCGGCUUUUGCGGUGAUUCAGAUUUGUGCGCAGUGUAUUCGGGAUGAUGUUAUGAAGAUUACGAGACAUGUCAGGAAUUUAGUCGGAGUGAUUGAUUUUAGUUUUCAUGUGCAAGAUCGCGAGCGAGACGAGGCGCAGGAUGAUUCUUCCAUGGAUGACAAUACAGCGGAAAAGAAAUAGAUACCUAGCAAUGAAGGAAAAAUGAAAAAGGAAGGACGAAGGAAAAGUAUUAUUAAUUAGAGGGGAGAAAAAAACAGUUCAAGUGUCUCUUGAGAAAAAAUAAUGUACAG